GUCCAGGCAAAUGCUUGGCUUCAAGCGUCGAGGCGAGGAUUCCAGCCUCCAGGGGUUGAGGGAGCCCCUCGUCACUUCGUUCGAAGGACCAUCUUCGUUCAACUUCAAGUUCGAGGACUGCCCUGAGAGGAAGGCUAUGUUGUCUGCCUUUUGAGCGGAGAUUGUGGCUCGACUCCGUGGCCUCUUCAGAAAGCAGUAGACUUUCACGUGCUGGGUAACGGGUCCUGCUUCCAGAAAGCAGGUGGUUUGUUGUAGAAACAAGAUAAGCUGUGAUCUGCUAGUACCUCUCUUCGGCCUGCUGAUGUUUGUUGAACCUAGCUUGUAUGGACCGAUCUGCGCUGGGCUACGCGAAGCAGUAGAAGGGCAAUCUGCAAGGAUUGUUAGGUGAUGCGAGUCCAAGGAGCCGUGUGUUCAAGCCUGAGUUUAUUCAAGACAAGCUCAGCAAAGCAAACAUGCUCUGUCUCACGCUUAUAACUUAGCCAAGUCAUAAGCUGGCAUCCAGGAAACUAUAAGUGUACGCUUGCAACCACUUCGCGAUGAAGUCACAUGUGGCAGGGAGGCCUCAGCGGUCAUCUGAGGAGCUGGUUUACAGGAUGGAGGAAUUGAUGGAGGAAUUGGCUUUGUGUGUGGGGGGAAGCGGGUACAUAUGGCUGGUUGUCAAGGGAGGAGGGGGCCAUUUGGGUGGAUGUUCCCCAAACCUGAAGCCGUACAAAGCUGCGCUGGCCGAUGAGGUGGAAAAGGCGACAGAGAGGCCCGUUGUGGUAGCUCUAGAGGGGGAUCCCCCGCGGCUGCCCCGCACUGAGAGCGUGCUGCUGGCGUUGGCGAAAACUCGGCAUGUGGAGCUGCACCCCAUCGUGGCAAUGAUGAUCCAAGGCUUCAAUGAGAUCAACAAUCACAAGGUGCCCAGGGUCAAGGCCCUUGCGGACCCAAGCACGAUCCCCUCCUGGUUCCCACUCUCGGCGGAGGCGUACGCGAGCCGCAGCCAGAAGAUGGACCUGCACCAGUUGUUCUCCGUCCUCGACUCCAUCUUCCACGAGGUGCGCGGGAACCUGCGCAGCAUCCAGGGCCUCCACUCCAUGCUCGACAGGGCCUACAAGAACGGCUCCUGCAGUAUCAGCACGCGCGCGGGGAUGGACUCCUUCUUCCACUUCCUGGAGGAAGAGGCCCUGUCUCGGGUGAAGGGGCCCCCCAGCAACGGUGACGUCAGGGGUGACAUCAUGGCAGCGGAGGACCGAGGAGUGGGGCACGGGUUUGACAACAUGCUCUCUGCCUUCGGGAAGUACAACGAGCAGCCCGUGCGAAGGGGGGGUGAGCUGGAGUGCUACGGGAUGCCCCCCCUGCUGGCGAAUGCAUUCCAGCCGGUUGCUUCGUACGCAAACGGUGUGCCUCCCGAGAUGAUCCUGGACCAGAAGAACCCGCGCCUCGCACGAGGGCUCCCUCGCUUGCAAAGCAACCCCGCGCUUUCUGCCCUAGAAACAACCGGAGGGCUGGUGAACGGGGUGGUAGCAAACGGACUGCUCAGCAACGGAGGCGAAUCGGACGGGGCGCUGCUGCAAGAGGCGCAGACGGAGGAGAUGGGGUUUGCGGAGAGAGCAAGCGAAGCAGUGGAGAAGUGUGCGCAGCAGAAGGGCGGGAAGGAGUUUGUGUGGAUUGUAGUGACUGAGAAGGACGGCACACUGGGGGGGUGCUCGCAGCAGCUGACGCCGUACGGGCCGGCGCUUAUGGACCAGGUCGAGAGGGCCGCCCGCGAGCCGAUCAAUUUCCCGACCGACGCCGCUAACGCGCUCCCGAAGAUCGCGGACGUCCUGCGGCCCCUGUCGGGCGUUCGGCACAUCGACCUGCAGCCCAUCAUCGCGGCCCUCAUCAACGGGAUGGAUGACGUCACCAGCCAGAAAGGGUCACGAAAGCGGGCUCGGAAGGAUCCGUCGCAGGUCCCGGCUUGGUUUCCCCUGCCGGCGGAGAAGUACGCGGGCCGCCUCCAGUCGCUCGACCUGUCCGAAUGCUUCCUCAUCAUUGACGCCAUCUUCGGACACGUGCGCGGACAGCUCGGCGCGAUCGCCAAGCUGCGGGGAUCUCUCGACCGCUUCUUCGCGGAAAACCCUGCCUGCCCGACGGGCACUCGAGCGGCCAUCGACGGGUUCCUAGACUUUCUGGAGGCGGACGCGGGGGUGCCACGUGGCAGUGCGACGGGGUUGCCACGUGGCAACGAGGGUGCCCGCAGGAUCCUGCAUCGGAGGAGCGCGUUCACGCCGUGUAAGAAAGAGGAGGUGACGGAAGGUGCUGAUCAGGGCGCAAGCGUGAAGAUGGAAGUUGUGGAGUCGGACGUCAAAGCGGUGGAAGAACCAGAGACGGGGGUCUUAGCAGGAAAGGAGAGGACGCGUUCGAACGAGCAGGCGACCGGGAGCGGGCGCGCGGAGGGGGAAGAAGCGUCGGUUGAUCGUCCUGACUCGGCCGCAGCCUUGGAGAAGGCAGAACAGGGAGGAGAGGUAGAGGCUGGUUCCGACCGGGGGGAACAACCAAUAGAGGGGAGUGAUAGCGGAAAGGAAAACCUGGACGAAGCAGCGGGGGAUCCCCUCGUGGCAACGGGUGGCGACGCGACUGGUUCAGGAGUCGAAGAGUCGAAGCCACUGGAGGCGUUAGCGGGGAGAGGCAGGAAGCGGUCGCGGCGCGAGGGAACUAUCCAAGCGAGGAGUAAAAUGCCCAGGGAUGCGAGUGGAGCAGGAAAGACCAUACCCGUGUAUAAGCCGCUCCCCGAAAAGACGCCGCAGGCUUACGGCAGGAUGUUAUCUCUCUUCGAGGCGUUGGACACGUCAUCAGGGGGGCCAUCGAUAGGGUAGCUGGUGCAAUCCUGGAGGAGGCGGGGUGUGGAACGGCCGGCCGUCUGUGCUCUCAGGCUUCAGAAAUUCUGCACACCCCAGGACGUGUCUUUUGAGCGGGGUCUCAAAGGGGCAUCCUGAGGUGUGCGCGAUUUCUGUCGCAUCUGAUGCCCUAGCGAUGAGAACCUCUAGCUGCGUGUCGUUUACGACUGGUCGUUCCUGGAAGAGACGGGCGUCUCUGGCUAGGUUUCUGUAUGAGGGCUGGACUUGUCUGGCAGUUAAAUUCACCCUCGUCUCCUGGGAUUGGCCGAAGGCGGGUUUGAUCGAUAAGACCUGCAUAGCGGCCAUCUUAUUCUGCACCUUGGUCAACGGUAAUGUGCAUCGUCCGAUUGGAAAGGGCUCGUAGGCGUACAUCGACGGAGUGCAAACAAUUGCAUUGGGAGCCUGGGGUGCACAUCUUCUGGACUUCUUGUUUUGCAAACAUCAUAAAAGGAUACUUGAUCAUAUCGGACGCCUCAUCAGAACGACUUAAUCUCACAUUCUUCACUUGAAUCACC